AUGAUGUACCCGUGUGAGAACAUUUGCCAUCGGAUACGAAAGAAAUUCUUUAUGGCAAUUUUACACCACGAAAUCGAGUGGUUCGACAAAAAUUCGUCGGGGGAAUUGUGCACAAAAAUGUUUGACGCCUUGGAACGGCUGAAGGAGGGCUUUGGAGACAAAUUCGCCAAAGUUUUCCACAACAUUGGCCAAUUUAUCUCGGGAAUGGCGAUCGGAUUUGCCUACAAUUGGCGCCUCGCAGCGAUCAUGUGCUCAAUGACCCCAUUUCUCGUAAUGGCUGGUAUGCUGUUUAAUCGAGUAAUGGGUCAAUCGGCUGCUGAUUCAGCAAAGCGGUAUGCAAAAGCGGGGAAAGUCGCGGAAGAGGCAUUGAGCUCCGUUCGAACGGUCAUUUCUUUUAAUGGUCAAGAGCAUGAAUGUAAAAAAUACGAGAAAGCGCUGGCCGACGCUUCCAAAGUGGAGAUCAAGAGAGCCAUCAUGGUCGGUCUCAGCUCCUCGGUCACCUAUUGCGUAUUCGAUUUUCUGUACUGUGUGGCGUUCUGGGUGGGCACCGAUUAUGUAUACUGGGGAUUCACAUCAGCUCAGACAAUGAUUACGGUGAUCAUGGCGGUGAAAUUUGCCUCUUUUGCCCUGGGAUGGGCUCUUCCAGACAUGGGAAACACGGCGAGCGCGCUUGGACAAGCCGGCGGGAUCAUGGAGAUCAUUGAUGCGGGAAGGAUAAGAGUGAGAAAUGUUCAUUUCACCUAUCCGAGUCGACCAGAUGUACAGAUUUUGAAGGGAAUUUCCUUUGAGUGUCAACCUGGAGAAACGAUAGCUUUGGUCGGUGCGUCGGGUUCGGGAAAAUCGACGAUUGUCCAGCUUUUGCUCAGAUAUUAUCAACUAGAAAAUGGAAAUCUUGAAAUCGAUGGAAUCCCGGUGGAGAACUUCGAUGUGGACUUUUUGCGGAAAAUCGUCGGCGUUGUGAGUCAAGAGCCGGUGCUCUUCAAUAAUACAAUUCUAGAGAAUCUAAGAUUUGGAAACGCGAAUGCAAGUGAUCGAGAGAUUCAUGUGGCUCUGAAGAAGGCUAAUGCACUCAACUUCAUUUCUGAAUUUCCCGAUGGUCUGAACACUCUUGUUGGUGAUCGUGGCACUCAAAUGUCUGGUGGACAAAAGCAGCGAAUCGCCAUUGCGAGAGCUCUUCUCAGAGAUCCACGAAUUCUUCUUUUGGAUGAAGCAACUUCGGCAUUAGAUGCAGAAAGUGAAGGAGUUGUGCAACAAGCAUUAGAGAAUGCAAGUCGUGGCCGUACAACGAUUGUGAUCGCUCAUCGACUCUCGACCAUCAAGAACGCGCACAAGAUCAUUGUCAUCAAAAAUGGAGAAGUUGUCGAGAGUGGGAAACACAUCGAGUUGAUGACCAAACAGGGACACUAUUUCGACUUGGUGAAUGCGCAAGUUUUCGCCGACGUUGAGGCACAUAAAGAAGUUAGACCUGGCUAUCUGCGACAGCGAAGCAAUCGUUUUUCGACUGGAAGUGAUCCAGUGGAAGAUCUUGACCACGGGAAUAAGCUGCAAAUUGCGAACAAAGAAGAGAAUGAGUCGGAGAUGGAUCGCUUGACGAGAGAAAUCAAAGAGGAGGGCGUUUCGACGGUGAGCCUUUUCCGAAUCAUGAGCCAUUUGGGGUCGGAUUGGAAAUAUUUCAUGAUUGGGAGCAUUUGUGGAUUGAUUGAGGGUCUAGCCGUCUACCCGAUGUUCGGCUUCUUCUACACAAAUGCUUUCGAGAUCUUUUCCGAGCCCGAUCAUGAGCUGAUGAGGCAACGAGGUCAUUGGGCCGCUUUGAGCUUUUUGCUGAUCGUCGCCAUGGAUGCUGUGAUUCCGGCUGGAGGGGCGAUCAACUUCGGCGUCACCGCCGCGCGGGUUGUCGAGAAGCUGCGAUACAAGACUUUUAAAAAUGUACUCAGCCAGGACGGGGCCUACUUUGAUUCACCGAAGCACUCACCCGGGAAAAUCUCGACUCGCCUAGCAACCGAUGCUCCGAAUAUUAAACAAGCUAUCGAUUACAAAUUGGGACAUGUGUUGCGAGCUGUUGUGGCCCUUGUUUCUGGAUUGGGUGUGGCCGCGUAUUUCUCUUGGCAAAUGACCCUUUUGAUGCUUGUCGUCGUGCCGGUGAUCUCGUUGACUGAAUUCUUGUGGACGAAACUUUUCAACGCCACCUCGAUCGAGGAUCUCAAGUUGAUGGAAGCGAGUGGAAAGGUAGCAAUGGAGUCGAUUGAGUGCAUUCGAACCGUUCACGCUUUAUCAUUGCAAGGAGUGAUGCACGAGAAAUAUUGCACCCUCAUUGAGCGACCCCACAAAACAAAUAAGAGGAAAGCUUUUGCGCAGGGAGUUAUGACCGGUUUGAUGAACGGUCUUCAGCCGCUGAUGGACGCGGUUGAGUUCCGCUUCUCUGGGUGGAUGAUCAUGAAGGAUAUGGUGAAAAAUCCGUUUGAUGCCUGGAGAGCUCAGUUCUGUAUCGAGUUCUCAUCGAUGGCCGUCGGACAGGGUGCCACGUAUUUCCCCGAUUACAAAAAGGCCAAAUUCUCGGCUGGGCUUUUGUUUAAAAUGAUGAGAGAGCCGACGAAAAUUGAUGGAUUUGCGAGAAAUGGAUUUGAGGCAACCAACGGCAAGGUCGACUUCGAAAAUAUCAAGUUCACCUAUCCGGAGAGAAACGAUGUUGAAGUGUUGAAAGGAGUGAGCUUCUCGAUUGAACCGGGCCAAACGGUGGCCGUUGUUGGUCCGUCGGGUUGCGGAAAGAGUACGCUUGUGAGUCUCCUCCAGAGAUUCUACGAUGUCACGGAUGGAGCUGUGAAAAUCGAUGGCCGAGACAUUCGACUGAUGGGAGCCGCGGAUUUGCGAUCACAAAUGGCUGUUGUUUCACAGGAGCCAAUCUUGUUCGAUGAUAGUAUCAGGAACAAUAUCCUUUACGGACUCGACCGUGAAACGGUCAGUGAAGAGAGGGUGACCGAAGCGGCAAAGAAAGCCAACAUCCACUCAUUUAUCUGUUCUUUGCCUAGAGGCUAUGACACAAAUGUUGGAGAUAAAGGAACACAACUAUCUGGGGGUCAAAAACAACGAGUGGCCAUCGCUAGGGCUUUGGUGAGAAAUCCAAAGAUUUUGAUUCUUGAUGAAGCGACGAGUGCUUUGGAUACGGAAAGUGAAAAGGUCGUUCAAGAGGCGCUCGACGCCGCAUCGGAGGGUCGAACUUGUCUAGUGAUUGCCCACCGUUUGAGUACAAUUCGAAAUGCCCAUCGAAUUGUUGUGGUGAAAGGAGGGGAAAUUGUGGAACAAGGUAAUCACCAAGAAUUGUUAUCGAUAAAAGGAGCCUAUUACAAUAUGGUUUUACAACAAGAAAGACGGCGACAUUCGACGGAGGGCGGAGGCGGACAAAUUGAGGAAAUGAUCAGUUUGGAA